AUGGUUCCUAAAUAUACGUAUUAUUCGGGACCGAUAGGCGAAGAAAAUAUGGCUUUGCUAAGACAGCUAUCUCACAAGCGUAGCAACUCGCUACAACCUCAUAGACCGACCCCCUAUGCUAACCCUACUGCCAAUCGAAGACCUAAAGCCGUACAAAGGUAUCGCAAGUGCCAAAAGGUCGGAUCAAUAGGAUACGCUACUACGAUCACCCGGGCCGACGCCGCCAAAGCAACUACCGUCGAUCGAGCUAUCACCUACCUUUACACUACCCGAUACCUAGCAAUCGAGUAUAACGCGGAGGUAGACAUAGACUCGGUACAGCUAGCAAGCGAUACAUCGUACGGUGAUCAUACAGAUAGGAAAAGCUCUACAGGGUAUAUCUGCCAGGUCUACGCCACUAAGCAGCGGACGGUAACGACUUCAACCACCGAGGCAGAGCUUCUCGGUCUAUCUAAAGCCGGCAAGCAACUCCAAUACCGAGUGGGUUUCGAGGCAUCACACGACUUCACUAUCGAGUGCGAUAAUGAGAGAACUAUUACUCUAAUCACCGCCGACGAUACUAGCUUCGACACGAAGCUUAGGCACAUAGGAAGUGAAGGCGGGACGCGUCGCUGUACGCUAGGUCCCAACAGCAAAAAUGGUCGCCGAUGGCUUGACGAAGCUGCUCUCCCGACAGAAGCAUACCAGCUUCGUCAAGCUACUGAGAAUGGUCGAAAUUGA